GCUUCGAUUCGCUAAUUCUGGCGCACGAGUACUGCUUCGGACGGAAGAGACAUUUGCCCCCACCAGCGCCUCCGCUUUGGGAUUGUGGCAUGCUGCUCUUUCUGCAGAUCUAUUUGUUCCUUAUAGUCCUCACUCUCUUGACGACUGUGCUGCUGGUAUUCUCAGCCCUGGCAGACACUUUCUGGUACAUGAGGUUCACCUUUGAUACCAAGUGGGGCUUCGCACUGGCUGAAGGCUUUCCCUACACCGCUCCCGUGUGGAUGGGCGAGUUCGGACAGCAGGUACGUGGAAGUUACUGGCUCAACAUGCUGAGAUACCUGGCAGAGCGGGACGUGGACUUCGCAUACUGGCCAUUAAAUGGCAAGAAGUAUUCAGAAGGAUACUUUUCCAGCUCUGGCGGCUUCGUCUACUUUGACAAGCCGCGAUGGGAAGACGAGUCGUUUGGCUUGCUGAUGAACGAUUCCUGGAGUGUGAGACACACUUGGAAACUUCUGGACAUCCAGGCGCUCAUGGAUUCUCCGGUGAAAUGGACGCCGGAGGACUAUCCCUGUCAGCGCCAGAGAUUGGGAAAUGCCUGCGGUUACUGA